AUGAACGAUGAUUUCAAGCACGUCCUUACGCUAAACACUGUUACACAUGGUCUCAUCCGACCGACCAGAGCAGUGUAUGGAGCCGCCAAUAUCCCAGCAAUAUGGCAAAGGCGUAUGGAAAGCGUUCUGCAAGACCUAAACAAUGUGGUCAAUUUUUACGACGACAUAAUCGUAGCCGCAGCCAAUUUCGACAACCUGCUCGAAACCCUCAAAGGUACACUACAGAAACUGAAAGAUAACGGACUCCGGCUUAAUCGAGCGAAAUGUGUAUUUGCUGUUCCUUCGUUAGAGUGUCUUGGUCACAAGAUCGAUCGCCAUGGGUUGCACAAAUCCGACAAACACAUUGCCGCAAUCCGUGAUGCUCCACGUCCAAACACCCCGGAAGAGCUGCAGCUAUUUUUAGGCAAAGCUACCUAUUACAGUUCGUUCAUUCCGAACCUUUCAACACGAGCUCGUAGCUUACGUGAUUUGCUCACAGCGCAGACAUUCGAAUGGAAUGACGUCGCGGAUGAAGCCUACCAAGAUAUUAAGGAAGCGCUAAUCUCACCGCAAGUCUUGGUACAAUACGAUCCUACACUUCCCGUUAUCUUAGCCACGGAUGCCAGCAAAACCGGUUUGGGAGCCGUACUAUCACACCGAUUGUCUGACGGAACGGAACGCCCCAUAGCUUAUGCUAGCUGCACGAUGUCCAAAACAGAGCAAAAGUAUCCGCAGAUAGACAAAGAGGCGUUAGCAAUCGUGUGGGCAGUGAAAAAGUUCUUUCACUAUUUGUAUGCACGUAAAUUUACUUUAGUGACGGACCAUAAACCGCUAACACAAAUUCUACACCCCGAGAAAUCCCUUCCAACGUUGUGUAUUAGCAGAAUGGCGAAUUAUGCUGACUACUUGGCACACUUCAACUUCGAUGUUGUAUUCAAGCCUACAAAUCUCAACACGAACGCUGACUACUGUUCGAGAAUUCCGAACAUUUCUAAUGUCAACCAAUUCAAAGACGAGGGAAGAAGCUCAGGCGACGAUUUUGAACAAUUUGCGCAUGUCCAAAUCGAACAACUGCCAGUAAGAGCAGAGCAUAUUGCUCGAGAAACACGCAAAGAUCCUCACCUAGGAAAAAUCCUUCAACACCUUGAGCAAGGUCAAAACCUCGGACAAUAUGGAUACAAAGCACCCGAAUCGAAGUACACAAUCGCAGCCAACUGUUUACUCUUUGAGCACCGAGUAGUCAUACCAAGCACACUACGUCAAGCCAUUCUUAACGAUUUGCAUGUGGCACACUUCGGCAUCGUUAGGAUGAAAGCCUUAGCCCGAUCAUAUGUCUACUGGCCCGGCAUCGACGCCGAUAUAGAGAAAACAGCUAAGGAGUGUCACGCAUGUGCUCGUUAUGGACCAACACCUCCCAGGUUCGACAGCCAUCACUGGGAGUAUCCGAGUGCUCCCUGGGAGCGCAUCCAUAUUGACUUCGCUGGUCCCGUAUGCAACACUAUGAUGUUAAUUGUUGUCGACGCUUUUAGUAAAUGGGUCGAAGUCAAGCCCACAAACACUAUAACUUCAGCAGCAACAAUUAAAAUUCUAGACGAACUCUUUGCAACGUAUGGGGUACCGAUCACCGUAGUAUCCGAUAACGGUACUCAGUUCACCGCAAAGGAGUUUAAAGAGUUCCUGCAAAAGAGUGGAGUCAAAUAUCACAAACUCACCGCACCUUACCACCCAGCAACCAAUGGACAAGCCGAACGUUAUGUCCAAACGGUGAAAAAUGGUCUCAAAGCUAUGGGAACAACAAGCGCUAACCUCACACGCAACUUGAACACAUUCCUACAGCAUUUCCGUAAAACUCCACACGCCGAGACGAAAGACUCUCCAGCCAAACUGUUUCUUGGACGAAACAUUCGUACUCGACUCGACCUCGUGAGACCACAAGCUGUUCACGCCAGUGUCUCCGAAAGACAAAAAGCCCAGUUCCGGCCUGUGUUUCGAAUUUUGCCACCUGGACAGUCCGUCUACGUACUAUCAGGCAACACGCGCAUGGACAAGUGGAUUCCGGCUACCAUCUUCGCCCGUUUGGGAGACCUACAUUACGAUGUGUUGUACAACGGUCAACAUUUGAAGCGGCACAUUGAUCAAAUUCGACGGUUUGAAAUGAAGACCAACGAUGAAGAAGAAAGUUCUUCAGCUGCAAUCUCACCACCGGUUGCAACGACUACCACAUCGACACCACUAGCUGUAUCUUCAAGUACCGCUACUAGAAGGCUUCGUUUCUAUGGCCACGCAGCACCGUCAGCCCCAGCAGAACCAGAGCAGGUCGUAACAGCUGAUGACGAUUUGGAGGAUGAGACCUUCUCAACACCACCUUCCAGCCCACAACCACCAGGAAACGUGUCAACAACUUUGCGUCGUUCGACCAGACUCCGGCAGCCGCCCAAGAAAUUUUCUCCCUAG